CUGUGGUUACAGAAGAUGGACUACGUUACCCACAAUCCUCAGCUACAAACAGGAAACAUUUGCAGCACGUGUGCUGUCAUGGCGGGCAAAGCAGUGAAGACGGUAAUUGUUGAGAGGGACUCCAGUUGCAGUGACGACGAAGACCUUAAAAGAUUUCAGGAGGCAGUAUGGGAUGCGAAGAAAAGUGGUACAACUGGUAAUGGAAAUGCGAAACAAUCCAAACGAGUUGUCGUUGCUGACCACGAACAUGAUGGUAACGAGCUCCAGGUCACCCAUGGAUUUCAAACUCAUGUCGCCAAAAAGCUCGGACAAUUUCUUGACAGUCACUUAUCAGACGUCCCGACUGAGAUAUCAAUUUGUAAGACUGCAGAUUCUGGCGAUAAUGACGAAGGGUUUCGUUUAUUCUCUACCUCAAUCCCAGGACAGCCAGCAGAUGAUCCCCCUCCUCCUGUAAAACGUCGACCUAUUCCCAGCUCAAGUGACAGCGACAGUGAGAUGGAAAUGAGGCUGAAGGAGGCAGCGGUGUCAUUCAACCAUCUUUUGCCCUCCUCGCCGGCAGCUCAAACUCCACACUCAGAAAAGAUCAAGAAGUCGGAUGAUGAAGAGGACACUCUUGCUAAGAAGAAGAAAAAGAAGAAGAAGAAGCGGCAGCUAGAUGAUGCAGGAAGAACGCAUGCGGACUGCGAUGGACCUUCUGGUGCUCAAAGCAACACAGAGCUUGCAGUCUCACAACAGGAACACCACAAAGUCAAACGGAAAAAGAAAAAGCAACAGAAUGGCGACACAAAAGAUUUAAACUGAGACAUUAAGUUUCUAGCUCUGAUUUAUUUUUCUACAAACCUCAAACGAAGGUGGCCAUAUACCUUUACUCUUAGUAAAUAGUCAUGUUGACAGUAAAUUUUUGUAAAAUAUAAAAAAAAACCUAAGCCCUUUUUAAUACUAUUUCGCAAAAACAGUGUUCAAAAAUAGUUUUAAAACACAUGAUGUUGAGUUAACACCAUUUGCCAAGGUUAUAAAAAAAUAUUUAAAUAAAAAUAAAUUUUGGUGUAAUUUUUCAUUUUCUGUUUGUGUACAAAGCAAAUCAUCUCCAACAGUGAUCCUUAUUCGUGUAAUGACCAUGUUACACUUUUUGAAACCUAAAAUUAUAAUCAUCAGAAUUUGCGGAUGUAUCAAGUCAGAGGGCUCCAAAACAAAAACAACAACAUUCCUACUGUGCAGUCGAGACCAUCUGUGUAGGAAUGUAGGAACUAAUGUCUGUUGGUGAAGGUGACAUGAGGUGAGACUGGUGGCUCUCUGCUUGGGAGGCAGGAUACAGAUCUGGGCUCUGGCUGGAUGCUGUUGAAGAGCAAGGACAUGCGUCAUUUAUCUGGGCAUUUGCACAACUGUACUCUACGGACAACACGGUUAAGCUUCAGGAACUAUUCAUGAUCGUACACCAGAAAUGUGGCAAUAAUACAUCUAAUGUACAAGUAAAAGAAGUACAAAACCAGGAUAUGUUGCUGAGCAAAAUCAAUUAAAUAGUCAUGCAUGGUAUUAUUACAUGGCAUGUAUUUUGGUUGAGAUAAAGCUAAUUAAAUAAUCCCAAAAUACACAUUUUGCUCUUCAUGUCUGCUGAGCAAUGGCUAUGAUAUUUGUGUAAAACAAGCAACAC